GACGAGAGGAACCAGGUCCUCACCUCCUACCUGUGGGUCCGCCAGGCCUGGCUCGACGCCCACCUCACCUGGGACAAGGACGCCUACGACGGGAUCGACAGCAUCCGCAUCCCCAGCAGCGCUGUCCCGGCCCCACAGCCGUCCCUCCCCCACCGCCCCAACAACCACUUUGGCAGUUCGAUGGAGACCAACGUGGUGCUGCGUUCUGACGGGCACAUCGUGUGGGACUCGCCCACCAUCACCAAGAGCUCCUGCAAGGUGGACGUCUCCUACUUCCCCUUUGACGGGCAGAGGUGCCGACUCACCUUCGGCUCCUGGACCUAUAAAGGGAACCAGAUCGACCUCCGCAACCAGCUGGACACGGGGCACCUGACAGAUUUCGUGGAGAAUGCGGAGUGGGAGGUGCUGGGCAUGCCGGCCACAAGGAACGUCAUCACCUAUGGCUGCUGCUCCGAGCCCUACCCCGACGUCACCUACACCCUGCUCCUCCGCCGCCGUGCCUCCUUCUACAUCUUCAACCUGCUCCUGCCCUGCAUCAUGGUCUCCUUCCUGGCACCCCUCGGCUUCUACCUGCCAGCCGACUCGGGGGAGAAGGUCUUGCUGGGGGUGACGGUGCUGCUGGCCCUCACUGUCUUCCAGCUGCUGGUGGCAGAGAGCAUGCCGCCCUCGGAGAGCGUCCCGCUCAUUGGUGAGCCUCGAUGCAUGACCGUCCACCACUGCGGCCCGGGGGCCCGGCCUGUGCCCCCCUGGGCCAGGCGGCUCAUCCUCCACCACAUGGCCCGGCUCUGCUGCGUCUACGAGGUGGGCGAGAGCUGCAAGAGCCCCCAGCGGGCACCAUAUGGGCGGGCGGGCAGGGGGGAUGCCGGCAUGCCGGGCGAGAGUCCUGAGGAAGGGGAG